AUGGUAGAAGCAGAGUCCUCAACUGCUGCUGCUCGCAAGGCACUGAAAGCCCAUACAAAUGGUGCCACACCAGAUUAUGAGCUUCCAUGGGUGGAAAAGUAUCGUCCAGUCUUCCUUGACGACAUCGUAGGCAAUACAGAGACGGUUGAACGGUUGAAGAUCAUCGCCAAGGAUGGCAAUAUGCCUCAUGUCAUUAUCUCGGGAAUGCCUGGGAUUGGGAAGACUACAUCCGUUCUCUGUUUGGCAAGGCAGUUGCUUGGUGAUGCAUACAAGGAGGCUGUUCUUGAACUGAAUGCAAGUGACGAACGAGGUAUCGAUGUCGUCCGCAAUAGAAUCAAAGGCUUUGCACAGAAGAAGGUUACUCUUCCACCAGGGAGACACAAGAUUGUGAUCCUUGACGAGGCUGACAGCAUGACAUCUGGUGCACAACAAGCUCUUCGACGUACCAUGGAAAUCUAUUCGAACACGACUCGCUUUGCAUUCGCCUGCAAUCAAUCUAAUAAAAUCAUCGAACCUCUACAAUCGCGCUGCGCCAUUCUCCGCUAUGCACGCCUGACAGAUGCGCAAGUUGUGCAUCGGUUGAUGCAGAUCAUUGAGGCUGAAAAGGUGGAGCAUUCGGAGGAUGGGUUGGCGGCAUUGGUCUUCAGCGCAGAAGGUGAUAUGCGACAGGCCAUCAACAACCUGCAGAGUACCUGGGCUGGUUUUGGAUUCGUGAGCGGAGAUAACGUCUUCCGCGUUGUCGACAGUCCACACCCUGUCAAGGUGCAAGCAAUGAUCAAGUCUUGCUGGGAAGGGAAAGUCGAUACUGCUUUGGAUACGCUGAAAGAACUCUGGGACCUAGGGUACUCAUCACACGACAUUAUCAGCACUAUGUUUCGAGUCACCAAGACCAUUCCCACAUUGUCGGAGCACUCCAAACUGGAGUUUAUCAAAGAGAUCGGAUUUACGCACAUGCGCGUCCUGGAAGGGGACGACUGCAUUGAUAAUCUCAACAUUCCCAAUUGCGACAGAGACGACUCCUUCUAUGGUUGGGACUGUGUCUGCACUGAUCAGAGUGCCCUCGACUCUGUCAACAACUGCAUCAGCUCGUCAUGUUCACUGUCGGAUCAAAACUCUAUCUUCGGAAACAUAGCCCAGGCCUGCGCGAAUAGAGGCAAUCCUAUCACCGCCGCUCCAGCUGAAGCUACCUUUUCUGCAACCUCAGGAGGAACUCUCUUCGCUAGCGGCUGGGGCUCUGAAUACAGCGAUUGUACCUCGGAUAGAUCACGAGGAUUUGGCAGAGGAGGAUUUGGUGGAGAAGGAAUUGGUAAAGGUCAUUGCCAUGGAUGGGCGGGUCACUGUCCAUGGACGACCUUCACGGGAAAUUGGGGUCCGAGCUGGCUUGUCAGUUGGUCAGGAUUCCAUGGCGACGACAACUGUUCAACCAUAACAGACUCGUCUCUGACAGCAGCAACGUCGCCAUCGAGGGUGUCGGCUACCAUCACGGCGUCUCCCAGCCUGUCUUUGGGGGCGACAGUGACCACGACGGUCAACGGACAAACCUUGACUGGAACGAUCUUUAGUGCUCAGGCAAACGCGGAAUCGGCGACUACUGGCACGGCAGCUGUUGCGCAGGAGACUGGACAGGCUAGCAGACAUCAGCCAUUGGGUGCCUUUGGAGCAAUGGGUCAUGGUACCAAUAUCUCACCUUACGUUGCUCAGCAGCACAGUGUUCUUCAGAUGUACAUUCUCCACUGUUGGAUCAGUCGAGGCAGCCCAAUGCCUCCUUCCAACCGUGCCGUGGUAACAAUCCCCGACGAUGUUCGAAGUAAAUCUGCCACUCUCAUGUACACUGGCUUGCUCCCUUCACGAACCUCCACCUUCACAGCUUCAAGUCCUCGUUCCGUUCAUCCGCUCACCCUUCUUCGGCAGCUCCCCUGCGUAGCAGAUGUCACUGGCACGACUUGCGCCCCUACACAAUGGUCCUGUCUCUGUCCGAGCUCGAUCUACAUUGAUCGGCUUAAUGCCUGUGUCUAUCAGGCCUGUGCCGCGGCCGAUAGCCAGCAAGCGACCUUUGGCGCCAUAGCAAACAUCUGCCAGAUCUAUGGCUUACCCCCCACAGCAAGCCCUGAAGCAAAUGCUGCCUCUACCAUGGACCUGGCUGGGACCGUUUCCAUUGUCGGCGUCUCCACGACAUCUACGGCGCCUACUGCGUCGAUUGCUCCAACCAGCAAUGUGGCCCCUCCGACCGACACGGCCAUACCUCCUGCCCUCAUUAGUUCUACCAGCAGUGUGGCUGUUCCGACUGAGUCGGAUACAUCUCCUCCACCCAGCGCCACCUCAGCGUCGGCCAACAAUCCAACCGGUACAGAAAGUACUCGAAACAGUGUACCAGCAAGCAGCAUCCCCAUUCAAGUACCGGAGAGUACGGAGGUGGCCUCAUCUACCGAAAGCAGCACUGCUGCCGCAACAUCUUCCGGAUCAGCCACCUUGAUCAGCUUCAACGAGUACGCAGCUUGUGGAGGUGCUCUCUUGGCCCUGCCCUGGGCAAUCUCCAAUCAUUACGACUCCGCCGCUCCUCUCGACACAUUGUUCAAUACAGCAUUUACCACGGCCUCCUCCUUGCGGCAGACAACACAACUACUGUCAGCGCGGGCGGCUGAAAAGAGACCUCAGAGGGACGUCGACAUUGAUCCGCAGGCAGGGCAAUCCCACUCCAUUGCUCAUGACCUUUUCUUGCAAUCUCCCGAACCAGUGGUCCUACCACGGUUUCCUGACCGACAUCCACUUCUGCAUCGAAGAUCGCUCCUCAAACCUUUCUCUCGACAGCUACCAUCUCAAAGGGCACCCUUCAAGACUCUUAGACCAUCCCCCUCUCGACUAUUAAAUCCAAUCAACCACGUUCCAAGACAAGCUGCAGUCCCUAUCACUAGAAGUCCCAUAGCGGGGACCUUCCCUGAAGCCGGAGCAGCUCUUCUUACUCUUCCCGAACAACGCCGGUCUCGUCGUCAAUCUCCUCAUAGUCCUCUCUUCGAGCACUCUCCCGUUGGCGGAAGUGAAAGUGGACGGACCAGUAUCGGUCUCCCGCCCGGGCAGCGACUGAGUGGGACACUUGAGUUUGACGGUGGUGGUGCAGCAGCAGAGAUGUCGGAUCUGGAGAAACAGACGCAGGACCAUCGACCACCAGAUCCGUCCAGGAUGGGAACGACCACACCCACCUCGAAAUACAACACGCACGAUCGGGAUCUCGAAGCCAACAUACCGCAGAGUCAGUCGAUACUAGGUCAGAAGUAUGGUAUGGGAAAGGAUGAUCAACCAAACCAUCCUCCACGGCAUACGAAAUCAGAGGUUUCUCUGAGAAGACCAUACUCGAUCAAGAGCGAAGUGCCAGAAUCGCGGGCUGGGGCAGAGGAUGCUGUGGAUGAUCAAGGCAGUGUUGCCGAGGAGCUGGCAUGGGGCCCAUCACAUCCAUGCUUUCCACACCUAAACUCACACGUACCACUCAACUCGCCCGAGUUUACCAGCACAAGGAUCAUUCGUAUAAAGAGAGACUGGAUGGUACGAGGUGACCUUGCUCCCACCUAUUCCAACCUCUAUCCUGAAAUCUUGGACCCCUUAUUACCCGAACACCAAUUCCGCAACAUUAUACAGAAGGUGAACCAGACGCUUGUUCUGGCCUACGAUCCUUUCAGCAGCAGAAACUUGGUUGAUGUUGUGAUGGGUGUGCUGACUGGAUGGCUCUGGGACGAUCUCGGGUUUGGCGGUGUCAAGAAACGGCUACGCGAUUUGGAGCAAUGGCUGGCUGAUUGGAAUCGUGAUGUCGGGAUGGGGGAGCGUGUCAAGAUCAUACCGUUGAGGAGGACAGGGUAUAUGAGCUUGGAUAUUCAGAUCCCAGAUCCUCAGAUCAGGAUUGUGAAUGAUGGUCCGGGGCCUGAGGAGGAGGACGAGGACGAGGCGGUGGAGGCGGAGGAGGAGGCGGUGCCUCCAGGGUCAAUGAGCGAGAGUGAGAAGGCUGUAAGAGUGGAAGGCUGA